GAAUCAAACCGCUUGUUGAAGCUACCCCAUCCUGAUCACCUGGAGAGCCUUGAGCCUUGCCCUGCACAGGUGUACAAAUACCAUGCAUUCACAGAGGACGAGCACCCAUACUCGUGCACGUCAAUGGGUUGUGCCAUUCCACCUUCAGUCAUGACGGCCCCAAGUUCAUAUCGCUCACUCAGAUGGCAUGAGCCGAGCGCUAAUCGCCCUAUGAUGAUAUGCCGAGCAAGCCAGAAAUUUGGCAAGCGAACGUUCCAUUGCCAGCAUGUCUUGCAGGAUCUGCUGCCUCACAAUGUGGUGACUCAUUCAGACAGUAUAAUUUGA